AUGGGUGCGUCGCCCACCCGCGCCGCCUCCGAGCUACGCUCCGCUCCCGCGCACGCCGCUAUCUUUGCCGAUCGGGCCCACCCGCGCCAGCUCGCCCUCUCGCUGCGCCAAGUGCUCGGACGGACCGUCUCCCUCGGCUUCCCGUGCGAGCGCUUCACUGCCGCCGAGAAUCACCCCGCCAAGAGCAUCUCCGCUGCCCACUGCGAGCAGACCAAGCCGGCCGCCCAGCAGUACAAGUACAUCGUCCGCAUCCCGCAGUUCGUCGAGCUCGCCCAGUUCAUCGCCGACCGGGGAUAUGCCGUCCCCGCGGACAAGCUCCAGCUCGUCACCCGCUGCAUCUCCCGGCGCAUGGCCUGCCUCAGGUUCUACGAGAGGGACGGCCAGGUCUGCACCAGGCACGUCUACUUUGUCGAGGUGCUCCACAAAAUUCUCGAUAUCCCGCAGUCGUUCGAGCAGCCGCGAUCGCAACAGCAGCCGCAGCAGCAGCAUAGCGCCAGCCGCAAGAAGGCCACGCGCAACCGCAAGAAGGGCAAGAGCAAGAAGCGCGGUACCGCCCGCGAUGCGCAAGUCGGCGAAGACGUCUCCAACGAGAACCUCUUUGGCUGCCUCGAGCUGCAGAGCAACGACGAGGAAGAAGGAGACGACGAUGACGCCGCCGACGACGAGGAGCUCCACUACGGCGUCGAGGACAGCGUCGACGAGGCGGUGUGCGCCUACCUGGUCUUCUACACCGACCUCAACGACAUCCGCCGCUUCCUGUGCCUGCUGUGGUCCGAGUACCGCCGUCGCAAGGCCGACCUUGUCUCGGCGUCCAUCGCCACCACCACGGCCUUCUUGCUCGUCGAAAAGGCGUUCGCCGAUAUUCAGGCCCGCUACCGAGGCCUCUUUGCUGGUCCGAAGGAGCUGCUCACGGCGCUAGCCAGCUACGCAGUCGAGCUGCGAACGGGCGGACCGCUCCUCGACGGGGACGGCGACGGCGGCGGCAUCUCAGGCCUCAUCUACAGCAGCUACGCCGACCUGGGUCCCAAAGCAGAGGCCUGGGCCAUGGCCGAAGACUACUUCUGCAUCCGGCCGUGGUUCCUGUUCGACGCGUGGCACAGGGAUCCGGAAGCCGCUCGCGACGUCCCGAUGACCGACGAGGAUUUCGACCACAAAGCGGCGCCUGGAUCACCGUCUCCCCGCAGCCAAGAGCAGCGCAGAGGCCUCGACAUCCACAUCCUCUUCACCGCCCUGUGCGACUUCAAGUCUCACGACGCCCUCACUCUGGAGAUGAGUCGCUUCCUGCGGGGCACCGAGGGCCCAUCGCUGCUCCUUGCCUUUGAGCUGCAAGCGUUCAUCGACAUCAACUUGAUCCUCCGGCACGACAAGCGCCGAGCCCGUUUCGAGGCCAAGAAGUGCCUCGACAAGAUGCGGGACAGCCUCGACGAGGCGAAGCGCAGCCGGUGCAGGCUCGAGCUCAAAGUCCCGAUCUCCAACGAGGACGGCCUCGACGCAAUGGACGAGCUCAUCCAGAAGCUUCUGCGUGAGCUCAAGUCGCGGAGCACCCUUGUCGAUGGCCGCGAAAGCGACGGCGAAGGUUGGAGCACCGCCGCUAGGGACCGGUUCCUCGAUCGUCACCCGGUCUGUUGCGGCCUGCAAGCAGCUCGCGCUCUCUUUCCAUUCCGCCACCUGGGGUCGGAAAGCACCAAGGGUAGCACCUUGCCCCUGGCGGGCCUUCACCUCUUCACCACCUGCAAGGUCUACCUGUCCAAGGAGCUCAAGGGUCAGAAGCUCAGCUGGACCGACACGGACCUCAUCCUCCGGCUGCACGGAUCCAAGAAGCUCUUCGGCAGCGAUGCUCCGCCGACCGACCUGGCCGAGUCGUCCAUAAGCCUCAUGCGGCUCUACGGCUAUACUGAGCGCUUUAUCAACGACUUCCUCUACGGCAGCGCGCCUCGCAUGAACAAGGCCCUGAAGAUGGACUCGCCCUCCGAGCUCGGUAUGCGUCUCAAUCGGCUCAGCAGCACUUCGAAGUUCUUUGAGGUCUUCCUGGCGAUGCUCCAUACCUGCAGGGGCUGCGCCGACGCGGAUCCAGGCGGCCAGUUGACCGACGACCCGAUGCAGAGCCUCUACAACGAGCUCGUCGCCACGCAGCCCGAAGGGGCAGGCAAGAACCUCUUUGUCGACGCCAUAUCCACCGCCACGGCCGCCGACACCACGGUGCCCAUCAUCGACGGUCGUCCCAACUUUAGCCGGUCGGAGCGCAAGAGGGGCCCCAGGCGACGCCUCGCGCUCGUCGAUCUGGUCCAGUUCCAAGCCUCGAGCCUGAUUGUCGGCAUGCCGGACCUGUGCUUUGACUACGUGGCGCUCAAUACGCGCUGCUCGCGCGUCUUCGAGGCGGUCUACGCCGCUCUGCAAGCGGACCGGAAGAGCUUGAACCCGGAUCCAGGCUACCCGCACAACGGCAGGUCCCUCGAGACAGUCUUCACCACGCUCGUCAUCGUUGGGGGCACGUUCUCCAAGAACCGCAAGAAGGGCGGCGUCCUCGCGCCCAUGGUCCAGAGGCAGAAGGAAGCCCUGCUCCGCGUGGCCAGAGCGAUGCUCGACAAGCUGACUGAAGUCGGGGAAGACGCCGGCUAUCACCAGCUGUACGCUGGUCUGAUCACCCUCGGCGCGUAUACGCCAGACGAGGACAAGGAAGAGGACGAGGACGAGGGAGGGGAUGAGGAUGAGGACGAUGACGGCUCCGACAUCGCCGAGGCUGAGGCCGGCGAGCAACUUCCCGACGAAGUCACCACAGAACAGAGCGGCCAGACUGCAAAUCCGGGACCCAGAGCCUCGUUCUGA